AUGGAUCGUAAAAAAUGGGACUUAAAUGACCCAGAGCAAGCGAUGGACGCUCUAAAUUAUUUAUAUAGUUUACCCGAAAAUGAGAAUGAUUCUGAAGCGGAAGCCGAUUCUGAAGCUGAGGAAGAGUUGAACGAUUUAGAUGAUAGUCAAUUGCCGAGUAGCCCUUGUACCUCGUCCAGUAGUAGAAGCAGCAUUUAUUCAAAUUUGCCAGUUACAGCGGAUUAUGAAAUCCACCAGAAUCAAGAAAAUGUAGCAGACGAUUCAUCGAACGAUGAUAGCAAUGAAGAUGAUCAUACCAAUGAAAACGGUGUAUUACAAAGCCGAUUAGCUAUGUCGAUUGCGGAAAUUAAUGAUAAAUAUAGUUUCAAAGAAUGUAAUAAGAAAGAAGAGUUAGAAAUUGGCAAACCGUACAAAAUCAUUAAUAUUAGUAAAAUGGAUACAAAAUUUGGGCCUUCAAUUUUGGUUGCAUUGGAAGAUGGAAAGUCCAUUUUUCUACCCAAGAGAUAUGAUUUUACUCAAGAGGAAAUUAAAAAAUUGACUAAUGGUUGCUCCGCCCUAAUUUACAGAGGUGAAAAAAAUGUUGGGAAACCUUUACCAGCUGCAGUUUUCGAAUUUGCAGAAUGGACUAUGUGAGUGUUUUUUAUGUAAGUAAAUUUAACCUAACUGCGAAAAAAUUAUACUUACCACUUUUUUGGUUUUUAGAACCAGUCAUGAAAUUUAUCCAACGGAUCUAUACACAGCCUUUCCAGAUCAUACACAUUUUUGUUAUACUUGUCAAAAAUGUUUUUGCUUUUGCGAAAAUUCAAUUAAAAAGCAUACCUACAUUAGAAGAAACGAACAUAAUCUACUCUGUCAUGAACAAAUGUUCGAGUCACCAUAGAAUUACUGUGUUUUAUUUUCUUUGCGUUUAAAUAAAAUUUUACCGAAAAAUUGUUGUUUCAUUGAACUUCAUCACCUGAGCCUGGGAACUUUGGCAACUGAACCUAUACAGGUAUCCGGACCUAGAUGGCGCCUCAUACGGCAGGUAGUGAGUGUACAAUAGCCCCCGGGGGUAUUAUAGGCAACUGAACCUAUAGAUGGCGCAUGCAGGCAUGCUAGAAGCUCCUCCGGAGGACGGAGGUUGCAGAACCGGCCAUUUAUAUCUACU